UGUGUGCACUACUGAGAUAGAGGCAUCCAAGACAGGCAGCGCCCAGGCUGGACCGGCAUCUGGGGUGGUGCCCAGUCACGUGACUGGACGGCCGUGGGGAGAAGGAAGUGGCACCAGCCACCCAGGGGCGCGGCCAGGAUGCCCUCCCACAACAUGUCUUGGAUCCACUACCCCAGCUACGUGUCCACGGCCGUGGAGGACAUCAUCACGGCCCAGGGCCUGCUCUCAAGGUGCGUGUAUGUCUACGUGGUCCUGUGCAUCCCGCUGAGCCUGGCCGCCGGGCUCUUCAACCUGGCCACCUUCGUCCGACGCCGUGCCAGGCUGGGCAACCUGGACGUGUUUCUCCUGGCCCUCACAGUCACCAACCUGCUGGCCACGAUGCUGUCGCUCACUGUGCUCAGCCGGCCAGAUUACCUGGCCGUCACCCACUUGUGCUGCGCGGCCCUCUCCUUCCUGGCGAACCUGUGCUACUUCUACUCUCAGUACCUGCAGCUGGCCAUGCUCUUUCUGGUCCUGCUGCCGGUGCCGGCCUGCCGGCCCACCGCAACCCUGGCCGCCCUCGGGGGCUGUGCACUCGGCAGCUCCCUGGCAGUGGUGUCCCUGCUGGGCACGGCUGGGCAGCUGUACAUCCCCACUCUGUGCCAGGUGGACCCCCUGACCGCCUGGCCCGAGUAUGAGAUGGUGAAGUUCAGUCUGGGCUUCGGGCUGGCCUCGCUCCUAGAGCUGGUCCUCUGCGCCCUGCUGGCUGCCCGGCUGGUCCGGCGGGUGGUCAGCCCCCCAAAGGCCACAGCCUCGGCCCGCAGCGUAGUUCUGGCGGUGGCUCUGAUCGCAUUUGCGUGCCGGCUCUUCUACAGUGUGGCGCUGCUGCAGCGGGCUAGGCGCAAGCUGCAGCGGGCCCUGGGCUCGCCAUGGGACGAGCUGCUCGUGAACCUGGCCGAGCUGGUCCUGUUUGGCGAGAGCUGCUGCAGCUCACUGGCCACCCUCCUCCUGCACGCCCCCUGCAGGCUGGCCCUGUGUCGCGCCCCCGGGCACCUGGGCCGUUGGUGCCGAGGGGCUGGCGCGCAGAACCGCACCGCCCUGAAGAGAGCAGAGGGCUGAGGGGGCCACGCCGGGACACUCGGUCUCACCUGCCAGCACUGCACACAGUGCUCACCAAGCGCUUGCUGACUCGCUUUCUGCCACCCAGCUUGCACUGCUCUGUGCACGGUCCUCCCGUUGUUCAUCGAUCUGCUCGAGCGGGCCCAGGAACGUCUCCAUGGCGAGACUUGUUACUGUGUUUGGCAUAUCGAAUACGUCACGGGUAGCUUGCCAGGCUUUGCCGUGCGGGCGAGAUACUCUCGGUAGCUUGCCGGGCUCUCUCUCUGAGAGGGGCAGAGGAAUCGAACUCGGGUCGGCUGGGCUGGCUGUAUGCAAGGCAAAUGCCCUACCCGCUUGCUAUUGCUCCAGCCCACCACCCAGCUUAGCCAAGGAAAUGGCUGUGCGGCCACAGCCCAAGGCCCACAGCCGCACCCCGCAUCAAGGACGCAGGCAGGCUGCGACGUGUACAGCUGCCGGGAGAAGACACAGGACACAGGGCCCUCCCGAGCCAUCUGCUGUCCUGCGAGCCAGGUUCUGUCCCUGCCACAAACUUUCAUUCCCAGCUGAGCGGACCUAGCUCGGCUGUCAGAAUGGUCGGUACCUCGCAGCCCGAGAUGUAAGGUUUGCUCGGAUAAAAUGGCCACUGGAACAAAAUGAUGACCAGCUGAUGAGACAGCAACAUUCCCGGAACCAGAGAUCAUCGUGCCACCAGCGAGGAGGACAGGACUUCUAGGCCCCCUGCCUGGCGCCAGGCCACCAGGCUGCACUCCCUGCUGCCUCACCAUCGACCCCCCAACAGAAAACAGGCCAGACCCAGCCCACCGGUUCCACUAGUCUUGGCUCCCUUUUCCCACCCAAGACAACUUAAAAGCCCCUUUAGUCUCUCCCAGGACGCGGCUCUCCCCCAGACUCACCUGAGGCUUGUGGAGCCUGCCCGGCAGAAUUCCCAAUAAACUGCUCCUUCAUUUUA